CUCACCUGAACACGCCACAUAUACACGCCACCAGAUCCUCCUAGGACAAAACAAUAUAUAGGAGAUUCUCAUCUGAUCAGUCUUUUUUGUCUAGUUUUGCGAGCAUCAUGACCUCCAGCUUCUCCACUCAUAGCUACUCUCUGGGACGGCAGCCCUCUUUCUCCAGCAUGUCCAUGCGGGACAGUGGGGUUCGGGGCCGGUCAAAAGUCCCUGUGUCCCUCUCCUCAGCCAGCACGCUGUCCCUGUCUCGAUCCACCUCUCUGGGAAACGGCCUAAACAUCCUCAGCAACCUCUCGCUGAAUGGUUUGGGAGUAGGCGCUAGCGAGAAGGAAACCAUGCAAGGUCUAAACGAUCGACUGGGCAGCUACCUGGAGAAGGUGCGCUCCCUGGAGAAGUCCAACGCUGACCUGGAGAUGAAGAUCAAACAGAUGAUGACCGAUCGAACACCCAAGGGUCAUGACAUCGAGGGAAUGAUGGCUCAAGCGUACGCAAUUGGACAAGAGGUGAGAAAGAAGACCUUGGAGAACGCACGUAUAAUGCUGGAGAUUGAUAACGCUAAACUUGCAGCAGAUGAUUUUAGGGUCAAAUGGGAGGCAGAAGCCACUCUUUGUCAGUCAGUUGAGAGAGACUGCCACGCUCUGAGACGAGCUAAAUCCGAUCAUGAUCAGAUCAUCGCCACCCUCAGAGGAGACCUGGAAAGUCUGAAAGAGGAGCUCUAUUUCUUGAAGAAGAAUCACGAUGAGGAGAUGAGCGCACUGAAGACCCGUCUAGCCAACGAGCAAGUGAACGUAGAGGUGGAUGUGGCACAGGGGCCGGACCUGGGAGCCAUCAUGGCAGAGCUGAGGGCACAGUAUGAGGGCAUUGCACGGAAGAACAAAGAGGACGCUGAGAUGUGGUACCUGAAGAAGCUGGAGACCGUGCAGUCGGAGGUGAAGGAGAGCAAUGAAGCUCUGCGAUGUGCUCAGAGCGAGCUGAAUGAAAGACGACGCUUUAUGCAGGCGCUGGAGGUGGAGCUGGACAGUCUGCGGAAACAGGUCAGUGUUCUUGAGGGAAACCUUGAAGAGACGAAUCAGAAGUACACCGCUGAGAUCGAACGACUCCAGGGCACACUCACACAACUGGAGGACGAACUCUCGCAACUGCGUCUGGACAUGCAAAGAAUCAAAACCGAUUAUGAGCAGUUACUGAGAAUCAAACAGAAUCUGGAGCUGGAAAUCGCAACUUACAGAAGACUGCUGGAUGGAGAGGAAGUAAUGAGAGAGAAGCCGCCUCCUAAAAAAGAUCCUGAAGUCAGAACCAGGAAGAUUGUCAAGGUGGUAACCCAGACCAUGGUAAAUGGAAAGGUCGUGGAUGAAUCAAGUGAGGUGGAACAGAUAGAAGAACGAAAAAAGUCUGAUUCUAUAAGGCGAGUCGCAAUAGAGCGGGUCAUUUAAGAAUAGCACAAUAGUGAAACACAACACAUACGAUACUAGCGGGUAUCCUGAAGUACUAGUUUUACAGGCAGUAGAAAAAUGAUAUGUAGCUUCGGAUGGGGAUGUACACCUGUCGGGUCACAGUGGCCACGGUGGUGUGUGAGAGACUGUGCCAAAGGACGAAAUCAAGACCACCUCACCUUGAGAACCACUCUGACACAACUGUGUAGUUUCAAAUGUCAUGCUUUUGUGAGAGUUUCUAAACAAAACACCUAUUAUUCCUCCAUAGUUCUGGUAAACAAGUAACAAUUUAGAUGGCUAAUCUUUUACAUAGACAUCCCUGUCUGUAUCUUGCAUUUAAUUUGUAGACUUUGGGCUUCGAUACAUUCCAGUCUGAAGAGAAUUUUAACACAUCUAAUGUGAUGGAAACGAAUCAAAUAUGAAGUAUCUAUCAGUAAGUACACAACAUUUCGCUUAAAGGCAUCUAUCAAAUCAUCUUGAUCUUUAGAAAACUGUAUAUUAACCCCUACGGAAACCUUUGUACAGUUGAUGGAAAACCCAUUAGUCAUGUAAUACAAGGCAGCGACAAUAAGACACAAGUGCAUCUAGUGUCUCCAAAUGUAUUGUUUAGUCUGUUAUCCCUAUGAGAUUUUGAUACAUUAGAUGCUGUUUGCUCUCUGAAACUGCAGAGUAGGUCUUCCCCAUCAUUGUCUGAGAACUGUUGCCGUUAUGAUUGUAACAAAUGCCAUUACACGCUACAGCCUACACUUUGGGCAAUAUAACGGACAAUAAAAGUUGCACUAGCCUCCAACAUAGCGUAAGUGUAAUAGGUGCCAACUCUGUGCCUUUGGCAAUUGAGGUGGGUUUCUUUGACAUUGCUACUUAAGAUAUGUUUAAUUUACUCAACAUCUUUCUAAAACACUCAGUCUCACCUUUAACACAUUUUUCCUCUUCAACACUACACUCAUAGGCCUUUUUAGUGUCUCAUUCAUUGAUACUCAUUCAUUGUUAUUGAC